AAAUAACUUCACUCCAUCAUAAAUUGCGCAGUAGUAUUAAAAUGACGUCACGUUCAUCCCGAACGUCUUCGCGUGACGUCAGAGUCGAUAAUAAACAAAGUCAAGUGCGAAUUAUUUUGUCGUCGUAUAAUGUUUUUCGUCUUAAUUUUCCAUCUUUUCGCUACAAAAUCGUAACUUUUACGUAAUUUCAAUCGUUCAUCAUCACCAAUUAAAUUCCAUUUACAACUUUCCAAGUCGAGGACACCAACCAUGAACAACCCGGCUUCAUCUUGCAGUCAUCCGUCGAAUAUUUACGGCCGAAACGAUCAUCUACAACCAUUCAUUCCUCAAAAGGAUACAUCUCUGUGUAGAUUAUCGACCGUAUCCUUAAUAACGAAUAUUUGGAGUGGAGGCGUCCUUGAAAAUGAUAUUCAAAAUAUAUUGGUAUCGAACCAAACCCUGUAUAAAGAACGUUCUACUUUGAUACAGAAAGCCGCUGAUAUCGUUUUGAAAUUACAACUACCCGGUACCCUUUUGCAAGAAGUAUUACACUUGCUGGAAUGGAUUUCUUUGGACUUUUUCGCCUAUCUCGAUCAUCUCACCAGCAACGAGUUUUUCCCCUUCAAAGGUCACGUGAGAGAUAUCGUUAAAAAUAUCAAAUGGGAUAUGCACGGUGGUAUCGACGAAGUACAAUCGUUCAGGAAUAUGAAACACUCUAAUUAUCUUUAUAAUUAUUUUCUAUCUUGUCUGUAUUGUUUAGAGGACGAUGUGAUAGAAAUGUGGCAACGUCUGGCGCCUGUCCAUAGGCCUAUGUUCACCCUGAAAAAAAUUAAUUCCAGGGGAUUCGAUUUAUACGCUUCGUAUAUAAUUUAUUACUGGACUUGUCGCGUUAAAAGACGCGAAUUCCCUCAGGAAUCUCUACAGGAUCCUGUAGGCUUGUUUACUGAAAUCAAAGAUUCCACUGUACAUUUGAAAAUGCUGGCUGUUUCGUUGCACUGCUAUAAUAUCCAUUCUUUUAAAUACUUUUGGCGUAAAUUAGAUCAAAACGAACGAGUGACUGCUCUUGCAUUGCUCUGCGAUCGAUACGAGAUCGAUGGAUCGCGUACGUUGAGUAAUUUCUACGAUACUGCUAAAAACAGCGUUGAAAUAAAUCUAUUCGUAUUGUCUCAAGUCGAUAUUAAUUGCGGAGUUAAUAUCGUACGAAGGUGUCUGCCUCAAAUGAUACUGAAUUUUUGGCAAUGGUGGCAAGUUCAUCAUUUAAUAUUACCCAUGUUCGAAUACUAUCUAAAUGUAUUAGAUCCGUACACUUACGAACAACUGUUUCACAUGCUGAGAAUGAUGAAAACCAGCGAAUAUUCUCCUAAAACCGAAAUAUUGUACAGAAUGUGGCUAGCUAGUCCUCCACAUUUGAAAUGUCUCAUCAACGAGCAAGAACGAUGCGAUCUUCUGUUGAAAAACUACGUAAGAGAAUCAAAGCUCGAAGAUUCCUGAGAUUAUCUUUUUUACUACUUAUAUAAUGUAGUAACCUUUCAGGGCUUAAGACGAGCGCCGUUCUAUUAAAAAAAAAAUCUUCGUGGCUAACUUUCAAACGGCCUGAUAAUUUUCAUACCUACUUUCUCGACUCUCUAAUUUAAUCGUUCUUUUUUUUGUUUAGGAUUUGAUAAUUUAAUAAUGCAGAAUAUUUAAGCGGUUUCCCAUCUAGUCAAAAAAAUAUUCCGAAUGAAUAUUACUAAAAUCCGCACACGUGUUUAAAAUUUAGUGUUUUUUAUACCAUCUCGUACUUAGUUUCGGAUCGAUGCUUUUGAAUAUACCUAGUUCAAAGUUUUAACCUGUUUUUUAAAAUUUUUUAAUUUAACGUUAAAUUAACUUAAUUAGAAUGAUAAGUUCGUAUUUAAUUUAAUUUGGUAUUUUUUUCACGGUUUUUUUUGUACGGAAACGAAGCAUUACUACUUGUACGUUUUAUAUUUAUUUAUAAAUUUUUGCUACGAUUUUCGUCGAUAUUUAUGUGAUUAAAAAUUUUUUAUAUUUUCGUAUUAAUUGUUAAAGUUUAUUAUCGUUUGAUUUUCGAAGGAAAAAAAUCGUUUUAAAUGGAUGCUUUUUAUAAGGAAUAUGAAACACACAAUGGUUUAAUAAACACGAAUAUUUUUUUUGUUUUGUUAAAUUGUUAAUAAUUGUUGAAAAAUUUCAAAAUAUUUUUUAAUUAUUGUAGUUAUAAAUUUUUAUGAUUAGGUGUUCUUAAUAUUUUUGCCCCCCAAGUUUACUUAUUAUUGUAUCUAUGUAAUUAGAUUGUAAAUAAAAUCUAACUGCAAAUGAGAAUCGGGUGUAAAAUGUUUUAUUUAAUUUAAAUAACAAAAAAAAUUACAAAA